AUGCCACCACGAACCCAGCGCUUCCGCAUCCACCUUCUCCAGCACCAGUUUGACGUCAAGUACGUUCCUGGGAAACAGCUGGCCACCGCAGAUGCACUCUCAAGGGACCCAGUCGUCCAGCUGCCAGCGACUCCAGCUGUUGACAAGGUAGAGCUGUACGUUCGAGAAGCACUCCGUGCUAUCCCUCCCACAUUUGCAGUCCUCCUCGACGACUUCCGAGCUCACCAGGCUGCAGAUGGGGAGUGCGUGCAGCUCAAGUUGUACUGUGAACAAGGGUGGCCUCGGAAAGGGAAUCUGCCUCUCAGCAUGGCUCAGUUCUGGGCUCAUCGGGCCGAAUUCAGUAUCGGUGACGGCCUUCUCCUCUGCGGUGGACGCCUGUUGGUGCCCGCUUCUCUGCGGAAGCACGUCCUCUCCCUCAUUCAUGAUGGACACCUCGGAGUGAACCGCUGCCGUGCCAUCGCUAGGGGAGCUGUCUGGUGGCGGACCAUGGGGAGCCAGAUCAAGACCAUGGUGCAGAACUGUCCCAACUCUGCCACCACGCGGGUCCAGCGAGCAGAGCCACUGCUGCCUACUGUGACGCCUAGCCGUCCCUGGGAGCGAAUUGGGGUGGACAUCUUUCAUCACGAAGGAGCCGACUACCUUCUCCUCGUAGACUACUACUCGAGGUACCCAGAAGUGCUGUCCCAUCGCUCGACGACGUCUACAGCGGUGAUCUCCAUCAUCAAAGGUGUCUUCGCAAGGCAUGGGAUCCCAGAGACCCUCGUCAGCGAUAAUGGGCCUCAGUUUUCGUCGGUAGGAUUCCGCGUCUUCGCCCAGAGCUACAGCUUCUCCCACGUCACCAGCAGUCCCAGGUACCCACAGUCCAAUGGGGAAGUCGAGCGUAUGGUGCGGACGGCUAAGGAACUCUUCAAGAAGUCUCCUUUCUGGCCUUUGGCCCUCUUGGCAUACCGCGAUGCACCUGGCGCGACCGGGUACAGCCCUGCUCAGCUGCUCAUGGGGCGCAGCCUCAGGACUCGCCUUCCGGACCCAACGGCUGCGUUGCUUCCAGAACCGCCGAAAGCUGCCGACUUCCACCGCCGUGACACUGCCCAACGACGUCGCCAGUGUCAAGCUACUCCCUCAAGCGCGCCUGUGUCGGUUGUGCGCACCAAGGAGGUUUAA